UCCCCCUUUCUCUUGCUUUCGCCUUCGAUCUCCCCUUUCAGCUGUCUGAGGUGCUCCAACUACAGCGGCCUUUUCUGGGGGUUAGUUUUCAGAGAGCCUCCUAGACCGAGUCCGAGCCACCUUUCCGACGUACCUCGUUACCCACGCCAGCCGAGCCGCGUCGCCAUGGCGGGGUCCGCGGUGCUUCAGUCUGCGACCAUUGACAGAGUCGCGUUGAGGAGUUCAUUCAUCGGCGAGGCCCAAUCGCUGCGCGCCACGUCAGCAGCCGCCUCCUCCCAGACCCUCAGCCAGCAAGGCCUGCUAGCCGGCCGCAUUGUCUGCAAGGAGUCGCGAAUCGGCCGGAAACCCAUUGUCGUGCCGGCCGGCGUGACGAUCAAACUUGACGGCCAGUCGCUAAUGGUGAAGGGGCCUAACGGCGAGCUGUCGAGGGAGUAUCCGAGGGAGGUCCGUCUGAGCCAAGAGGAUGGCGCCAUCAAGGUUGAACGCGCUCUGGAAACCCGACAGGCUCGCGCCAUGCACGGGCUGUUCCGCACGCUGACUGACAACAUGGUGCAGGGCGUGGCGAAGGGUUUCGAGAAGAAACUGCAGCUGGUGGGAGUGGGGUACCGUGCGGCUGUUGACAAGACGGAGCUCGUGCUCAACCUGGGUCUUUCUCAUCAGGUCCGCAUGAAAGUCCCCGACGGCGUGGCAGUGAAGGUGGAGGAGAACACACGGAUCACCAUCAGCGGGCGCGACAAGGUGGCAGUGGGCGACUUUGCAGCAGCGGUGCGCAAGUGGCGGGAGCCCGAGCCGUACAAGGGCAAGGGUAUCAAGUAUGCGGACGAGGUCAUUCGGCGCAAGGAGGGCAAGGUUGGCAAGAAGAAGUAGGCUGCUGCUGCUGUUGGGAGGAGGAAGCAGGUUGUUGCAAAGUAGGGGUGAAAGGAUUUGCAGAUAUAAUCAUGGCCUUCUGUGUACGCAACGGCUAUGUUUAUACAAUGGUGAUGGUGUCUUUUGGGCGUUUACAAGCUUGCAAUCGCAAUUCAUCGCUUCGCCUUGUAAUACUAUGUUCAGCACACUAAGUGGGCUCUUAACGCUUAUUUUGGACUGCAAGAUAAUGGGCAGAGGACCAUUUUCAAUUAGAAGUCUCUGGACGGA